GCGGUGGGGAACACUUGCGUAUUUUACUCUGGACAGCCGCCAUGUCGAUGAUUCCUCGCCAAGUGGCCGCCAUCAAGGUCGCCGGUGCCCGUGGCAUGGCCACCGAAAAGCAAAUUUUGAUGCGCAUUAACGCGACGUCCAACAUUGCCAAGAUCACCAAGUCGAUGAAGAUGGUGUCUGCUGCCAAGAUGCGUGGUGCCGAACGUCGCCUUGCGGAUGGCCGCCCCUUCGCCACCUUUUUGGAAAACAUCGAUGGCGGCAUUCGUAUCUACGAAAAGGAAGGCUACAUCCCCAAGGAAGAGUUGGAAGGCUCCAACACUUUCAUCCCUAUCACGUCCGACCGUGGCUUGUGCGGUGGUUGUAACUCGUUUAUCGCCAAGGCGACCCGCAACCAACUCAAAGACAACUUGGAUAACUCGAAGCUGUUCUUGAUCGGUGAAAAGGGCCGCGCGCAAUUGCGCCGCACCCACUCGCCUUCCAUCACUGGCAACGUCACCGAAGCCUGGAUCUCGCCCCCCAACUUCGCCAAGGCCUGUGCGUUGGCUGAAGCCGCGUUGGCCGGUGUCAAGGACGAUGAAAAGAUGCACGUGAUCUUCAACAAGUUUGUGUCGGCCAUUGCGUACCAACAAUCGGUCCGCUCGGUGGAUGUGUCCAAGGAAAUCUACGACAAGUACGAACUCGAACCGGACAACAAGGAAGAAUUGCUGGCCGACUUGAAGGAAUUCCAGCUUGCGACCGCCAUCUUCCACGGCAUGUUGGAAUCCAGUACGUCGGAAGAAUCGGCCCGCAUGACGGCCAUGGAAAACGCGUCCGGGAACGCGUCCGACCUCAUCGGCAGCCUCCGCACCGUGUACAACAAGGCUCGCCAAACGCGCAUUACGACCGAGUUGAUCGAAAUUAUUUCGGGGGCGGCGUCGUUGGAUGCCCAAAAAUAAAUCACACAACAAUUAUGUCGUUCCUCCGUUGGAAGCACUUGUGUCCUGAGCGAGUAUCGACGCUUCCCAUGCGACGCGCCCCCUUAUAAGACAAUGGAGAAGCAAUACAACUCACGAUCUUCUUCAUUGCGCGUUGGCUUUUGUCGGGUCCAACGCACAGCUUCGAGAAAAAUUCACGUCGGCGGGCUUGGACAUGCCAGACGGACGAUGGCAAGGCUGUGCAACUCGAAACAAUUACGCAGGGCACGCAGACGCAAUCUCGCUAUCAAUUGCGUGCAGGU